AUGGACUUAGAGAAGAGAGUGCACAUGAAAGGAGGCCAUGGAGAAGAAAGCUAUGCAAAUAACUCAUUGGUACAGGGAAAUGCGAUUUCUUCAACAAAGCUCGUAAGAGAGGAAGUCUUAACUACUCUAUAUUCCAACACAUUUCCUAGUAUCCUUGCAAUUGCAGAUAUGGGUUGUUCUUGUGGACCAAACACUUUAUCAGUGGUGUCAGAAACUAUCAAGAUUGUGGAAAAGCUUUGUAAACAAUUGAAUCAUUCGUCUCCCGAAUACAAAGUAUAUUUGAAUGAUCUUGCAGGAAAUGACUUCAAUAGUGUCUUUAAGUCACUUGACAACUUCAAAGAGAAACUAUCUGAUGAAAUCAAAACUGAAAUUGGCAAUUGCUAUUUCUUUGGAGUACCUGGUUCUUUCUAUGCUAGAGUUUUUCCUGAUCAAAAUCUGCAUUUUGUCCAUUCCUCUUAUAGCCUUCACUGGUUAUCAAAGGUUCCGGGCGGUAUAAACAAUAACAAAGGAGCUAUUUACAUCCAAAGCAAUAGUCCUUCCAAUGUCAUCAAAGCUUACUAUGAGCAAUUUCAAAGAGAUUUCUCCUUUUUUAUCAAGUGUCGCGCAGAGGAAAUAGUUGAAGGUGGUGCCAUGGUUCUAACGUUUUUGGGAAGAAAAAGUGAUGAUCCAAGUAGCAAGGAUUGUUGCUACAUUCCAGAGCUUAUUGCCACUGCUCUUAAUGACAUGGUCUUAGAGGGGAUUAUAGAAGAAGAUAAACUGAAUACUUUCAACAUUCCUAAUUAUUAUCCAUGUCCGCGUGAAGUGAAGUUUGUAGUUCUCAACGAUGGAUCGUUUGACAUCAAUCGGUUGGAGUUGUCAGAAGUAGAUGUGAAUGCUUCUAGUAAUCAAAGUGGAUAUAAAUUUGCACAAUCCAUGAAGGCUGUGUUUGAACCUGUGCUAGUUAGUCAUUUUGGCGAAGCUAUGGUUGAAGAUGCUUUUAGGCGUUAUGGAGAAAUUGUGACAGAUCGAAUGUCCAAGGAAAUAAUAAAGCAAACUUAUUUUACCAUAUCAUUGACUAGAAAAUCAUAA